AUGCAAUUAUUGAAAAGCUAUCAAAAAACACCCUAGAUUCUAACAGAAUUCCAUUCUCCAAUAAUAGUCAAUAGUAUAAAAUUAAGGAAAGACUCUAAUUAUUCAUUACAACAAUCAUAGCAAUUAACUGAUAAGGAAACCAAACCAUCCAAGAUUGAAUAAGAACUCAUCCCUAGCAAAUUUAAAUAAAUUAAUCUUCAAAGCAGUUUACCCUAGAUUCCACUCUCAACAAUGAAUACCUAAACUAAAUUAAACGAUUUAACUCGAACUAGCAAACUGGUUCAAUCACCCAAAAACAGUGAUACAAAAAGAUCGUUAGUGAGAUCAUAAUUUAAAACGAAUAGCAACAAUCACAAAAAUAAUCUGACCAACAAUUCCACAACCACUGGAAGUAGCAAAGAUUCAAGCUAAAAUUAAAUCAACUAAUAGUAUUAAAUCUAUGCCAAAAAUAUUAUCUAUUCUUAUUGUGGAAAACCAAGAAAGCGAAGAGUAAAUGUUUCUGCUAAAAGUUUCAUUGUUUAUGAUUGCAUCGAAAAUAGGAUAGUUUCUUAGAGAAAGUGUAACAAGAGGAUGGAAAUAGCUAGUUUAACCAAGAUUAUGACAUUCUACAUAACGAUGGUUAUCUUAGCAAAAUUCAAUCUAAAUUCUAAAGAAAUUAGAGUCAAGGUUACUAAAAAGGCCUCAGAGACCAUUGGCACAACAUCUGAAUUGAAAUACAAUGACAUCUUGACUAUCCAGGAUUUAUUGUAUGGAUUGAUGCUACCCUCAGGAAAUGAUGCUGCAAUUCUCAUUGCCUAGACCAUUGGCACAAUUAUAUUAUUUUAUGAAUCCAAUAAGUACUUGGAUAGUACAUUGAUAGAUAUUGAACAAAUGAGUGCUGAAGGACAUUAUUAUAAUGUUGAAUUGAAGACUCAAUUAUGUCCUAUUGAAAUUUUCAUUAGCAAAAUGAAUUAUUAUUCAAAUUUGAUGGGUUAAUAAAACACUCAAUUUGCAUGUGUUCAUGGAUUGGCUAAUGAAGAUAAUUAUUCAAGUUGUCAUGACAUUGUGUUAUUAUCAUUAGAAUGUUUGAAAUAUGAUAUAUUUCAUUAAGUCAUCUCCUGUAAGGAAUACAUUUCCAAAUCAUUAAACAAUAACAAAUAUUACGAGUGGAAAAAUACAAACAAAUUAUUAGAAAAAGGAUUUUUUGGUAUUAAAACAGGCAUAACUGAUUCUGCUGGUCCUUGUCUUGCAAGUGCUUAUCGGUCUAAUGAAAAGGAAUAUUACAUCAUUGUUGUAUUGAGCUGUAAGAAUUUGCAACUGAGAUUUGAUGAAACUAUUUCAUUGUUAUAACAUGCAAAAUACAAAAAGUCUUUGAAUUCUAUUAUAUAAUGA